AUGAUCUGCAUUGCUUUAGUUUCUUUGACAAAUGUGUACGUCAAAAGAAUCAAAACUAUAGUUCUUUUCAACACAUGCUUUGGAGGGUAUGCCACAUGGUUCAGCAGGAAGGGAAGGGACCCAAAUCUCCUUACCGGUGCACUUGUUGGAGGACCUGAUGCUUAUGACGACUUUGCUGAUCAAAGAGACAACUAUGAACAAACUGAACCUGCUACCUACAACAAUCCCCCCCUUUUGGGCUUAUUGGCAAGGCUACAAGGUGGUCACGAUGGGUACAAUCAGCUCCUUCCAGUGGAACUUCCAGCACUUAAACCGGUUAAUACUCUGCCAAAAGCAGCUCCAAAACCUGAAAUAACACCAGCUACAGCUUCAUCUGCCAGCCCUAUUGACAUUGCACAAAAGGAGACAACUUCGUGGGUUGCGAAAGGAAAAACUUACUACAGAUACUCCACAAUGGUAACCAAUAAGUCUCCCAAGACCUUGAAAAAUUUGAAGCUUUCGAUUUCCAAGCUCUAUAUGGGUUCUCAUGAAGUUCAGUGA